CAAGUUCGUAGCAAUUCUCUGAAGUGAGUUGAUUUUUAUACCAAAACCUGAUGUUCAAUUAAAUUUUAUCUCUUGGGAGUACUAGUAAUUUGCAACAUAAUAGCUUUUACAUUAUAUUGGGUCGUUUGAGUUUGUGUCCUUUUGCUUUUAGUGAUAAACCUCGCGAUAAAAACCAACGUGGUUAAUAAUUAAGUACUUAAUUGUGGUAGUUGGAUUGAGUGAUUUGGCGACAUACGUCCGGGGAGAUGUAGACAAUCCAGUGACAGUAAGGGAAAUUGUCGCACUAUUUCCUCAUGCAGACGGAAAAAAAACUUUAUAGCGCGUUUCCCUUUUACUUUCCCCUUGUUUACGUCUAGUUUCCCUUUUUGGUAGCUUUCGUUGUUAAAUGUUUGUUUAAUGGUGUUCAAAGUGGACUCAGUCACCGGCUUUUAAGACCGUUGUUACUUAUCCGGUAGUUUUACCUGCUUUUAGUAAUCGAUGGUAGUGUCGAUUAACAUGAGGGUAUAUGUCAUCGACUUUACCGUUCGCGUUCGGCUAGUUAAAUUUAUUGGGACGUUCGAGAUUAACCUCAAAUGUCGAAUAGUUUUUGGGCUGCUUUUUCUUCAUAAACUAUUCUUCACUACGAUAAAAAUCAAAUAUUUCUUGCCAACAAAGCCUAGAAUAUAUCCGUAAAAUGGUUGCAAAUGGAUGUUUACGAAUAGUCAUAAAAAUGUUAACGUCCUACAACCGUUUUGGGGAACUUUCUGUACCUGUAGCGCAGCAAAGAUAUCUGUUUACUAACUAAACAUCGAGUACUGUUCACAUGUUUCCUCUUUUUGUUUACUCCUGACCUUUGGUAGCAGAGAUCACUUGUAAUAAACAAAUAUUUAGCUAUAAAUUUCUUCAGGUAGUUGUUCUUGCCGAUUAUAGCUAUGAAAUAAUUAGUAGGUAUAUCGUAGGUAAAUCAGUGUGGAAGGUUGAUAAUUUUGUGUAAAAGGCAAACAUUUAUCAGCUUAGACUCAAGCUAAACAGUUACUGCAUAUAUAUCAGUCAAGUAUUGGUUAAUAAACAGGAAAAUGUAUUUUAUUACGGUUUUUACGUACUCCUUAGGUGUUCACACAUUUUUAUAGUUUGGCCAGUAUAAUUUAUUGGAUACACAGUUCUAGGUCAGUAUAUGCAAAAUCUUUAGUUUAUUUUCAUCCGACAAUUGUUGCCAUUCUGUUUUGUUACAACAAUUGUUUACUUUGAUAAGUCCAUUACUGGUUUAUCUUUUUUAGAUGAAUGAAGCUUCUUUGUUCAAACAGUCAGUAAUUCAACUGCUAAUAGGUCAUUACAAUAAAGUAUAUAUGUAUGAAAAUUUUAGUGAGGGGCUCAAAGUUAUAAAGUAUAAUAAUUGUUAAGGCCGGUAAAAUCCCACGUAGCCAUAGCCAAGUCAGCUGUGAAGCUAAAUAUUUUCUACAUUAUACGACAAUUCACUAAGCAUUGGAGUGUCGAAUAUUGUCAAGGUCAAGGGUAACUAGCGCAAACGACUUAGCUCUAUUUGUGCACUUUCUUUCUGGAAUAAUGAAAACUACAUUUUUCUCUGACCACAUUUACAUUUUAAAAUGUUUAAUUCGUUUAUACAUGCCAGAGAUAAUGAUGAUUAACCUAAGCAGAAAUUUAUCAUCACCCCAAUCUAUUUAUCAAUGUAUUGAUUGGUUUUUAUAUUUUAUAUCAACCAUUUACACAAUUUUUAUAUUAGGACCAAUUUUAAAUUGUUUCUCGUUAUAUCUUGGUGGUCGGAAAAAUUUCGGCCGAACACUAGUCGCAUUAGUAUUAACUUAUUUAUGCUUGAUUCUAUGUUUAUUGUAUACAGUUUUGAUACCACGUCGUCUUUUCAUUUUGAAUUCAUGUUAUUUAUAUAGUGGAUAUAAUUCGAUCAAGUGUAGUUUACGUACUGAGGGUACAUGGUUUUCGUUACAUUUUACAUUAAGUCAUCUAAUCAUCGUCAAUAUUUAUUUCCAUUAUUUAUCUGCUGUUUUCAUUAAUCCCGGCAAUGUACCACGAAUUCCAUAUAAUACUACUAGUACUAUGUGUUCACGAUGUUUUGUAUCACGUCCAAUAAGAGCACAUCAUUGUGCUAUAUGUAAAACAUGUAUAUUAUGUAUGGAUCAUCAUUGUCCAUGGACAGCUAAUUGUAUUGGUUUGUAUACACAUCGCCAUUUUUAUUUAGUAUUGAUAUUUAUGAGUAUUGGUGGGAUAUAUUUGCUAACUGUUGGUUGGUCAGACUUUCGAAGCUACUUAGUGGAAAUUAAUGAAAAUCAAAUCAAUAUCACUGUAAAGUAUUCAUCGAUUUGGUUCAACUAUAACACAUAUUUACCAUCGAAUAAAUUCUUCAUUCCAUUGUUCAAAGGAUGUUUCAUUUUCAGUGUAAUUGCAGUUCCUUUAGUAAUUGCUCUAUGCACUUGGCAUACAUAUUUAAUUAGUAAUGGUGAGACAAGUAUUGAACGACAUAUUAAUGCAAAAUUCACAAAAAUAUUAAAACAACGUGGAGUGAUUUAUCGUAAUCCGCAUGAUUUUGGUAUAUUUUUAAAUUGGAUAAAAUUUCUAUGCCUUAUUGAUAAGCAUGAAAUGGCUAAUUAUCAUGUCAAGAAAAAAUCAUUUCGUUUAUAUUUUGUACUUUGUAAAAGGUUUUUUAAUCGUAUUCUAUUACCUUCCUAUCAUAAACCUUAUGAUGAUGGUUUUAACUAUGAAUUAAGUUUGAAUACUGCUGAGUCAGUUUUAGAAUCUUUAUCAGAGUCUGGAAUGUUUUAAUGUACUUUUCGUCUUUGUAAUUCUUAGGUCUUGUUUCGCCUCUUUUUAAAACUCUAUAUUUCUCUUUGUUUUCUAUUUCGUGGUAUAUUACUUAUUACUGUUCAAGCAGUAUAAGUGUAUACGUUGUCGUUACGGGCAGUAUUUGUGAAAAAUAAUGUAUUCUGUCAGUUUA